CCGAGCGCCGGAGUCCCGGCCCCGCCCCCCGAGCGCCGAGACUUGUUGGCCGCGGAGACUGCGACCCUCUUCUCUCAGUCUGCCUUACUACCAUGCCGCUCUACGAGGGCCUGGGGAGCGGCGGGGAGAAGACGGCGGUCGUGAUCGACCUGGGAGAGGCCUUUACCAAGUGUGGAUUUGCUGGAGAAACUGGUCCAAGAUGUAUAAUUCCUAGUGUGAUAAAAAGAGCUGGGAUGCCUAAGCCUGUCAGAGUUGUUCAGUAUAAUAUCAAUACAGAAGAAUUAUAUUCCUACCUAAAGGAAUUCAUCCACAUACUAUAUUUCAGGCAUCUAUUGGUGAAUCCCAGAGACCGCCGAGUUGUGAUUAUCGAAUCGGUAUUAUGUCCUUCUCACUUCAGAGAGACACUCACUCGUGUUCUCUUCAAAUAUUUUGAGGUUCCAUCUGUCUUGCUUGCUCCAAGUCAUCUAAUGGCUCUUCUGACGCUUGGAAUUAAUUCUGCCAUGGUCCUAGAUUGUGGAUAUAGGGAAAGCCUGGUGUUACCCAUAUGUGAAGGAAUCCCAGUUCUAAAUUGUUGGGGAGCACUACCCCUAGGAGGAAAAGCUCUUCACAAAGAGUUGGAAACUCAACUAUUGGAACAAUGUACUGUUGACACAAGUGUUGCUAAAGAAGAGAGCCUUCCCUCAGUGAUGGGUUCAGUUCCGGAAGGUGUCUUAGAGGACAUUAAAGCGCGUACUUGCUUUGUAAGUGAUCUGAAGCGAGGACUAAAAAUCCAAGCAGCAAAAUUUAAUAUUGAUGGGAAUAAUGAGCGUCCCUCCCCACCCCCAAAUGUUGACUAUCCAUUAGAUGGAGAGAAGAUUUUACAUAUCCUUGGAUCAAUCAGAGAUUCAGUUGUGGAAAUUCUUUUUGAACAAGAUAAUGAAGAGCAAUCAGUUGCCACUUUAAUAUUGGAUUCCCUUAUACAGUGUCCGAUAGACACCAGGAAGCAACUAGCAGAGAAUUUGGUAGUCAUAGGUGGCACUUCUAUGUUGCCAGGAUUUCUCCACAGAUUGCUUGCAGAAAUAAGGUAUUUGGUAGAAAAACCAAAAUAUAAAAAAGCACUUGGCACUAAGACAUUUCGAAUUCAUACUCCACCUGCAAAAGCUAAUUGUGUGGCCUGGUUGGGAGGGGCUAUUUUUGGAGCAUUACAAGAUAUACUUGGGAGCCGUUCUGUUUCAAAGGAAUAUUAUAAUCAGACGGGCCGUAUACCUGAUUGGUGUUCUCUCAAUAACCCACCUUUGGAAAUGAUGUUUGAUGUCGGGAAAACUCAGCCACCUCUGAUGAAGAGAGCAUUUUCCACUGAGAAAUAGAAGUUUGAUUAAAAAUCAACCUUGCUUCAUAUCAAAUAUUUAACCAAUUAUAAGCAAAUUGUACAAAGUAUGUAGGAUGUUUUGUUAUAGAGGACUAUAGUGGAAGUGAAAGCAUUCUGUGUUUACUCUUUGCAUUAAUAUAUAAUUCUUUUGACUUUGUUUCUCUUGUGUAGUGGUAAAAUGGUAGCUGGUGCUUAUUGAGAUUUGCUGUAUUUAUAUCAAUAAAGUAUAGUAAAGCAGUUUGA